UUCACUCCCUUGUGGCAAGCGCCCACACGGGCCUCUCUAUGUCAGUCCGAAUUCCUGGUCAGCACGGCGGCAGGCGCAUAGAAAGUGGCGUGGCUUCUGCAGUUCCACAGAACCACCACCUAACCGACCAACCCAAGUCCACGAAGGGACCACGCGGCGAGACAGGCACCAAGGCCGGUCCUCCGCUGGGUAGGCGCGUCGUAGCCCUGCAGCAGCCGUGCGCGGGUGGGGCCGGCGUCCGCCUCUGUGCGCCGAUUCCCGCGGAGGACCCGGGAAACCGGGGUCUUGGUUGGUGCCGGGUCUGCCCUCGGCUCGGAUGCGGGGCAACGCGGGGCGGCGGGGCGGACGCCAGCGAGGAAGCCAGCGCCUGCACCGCGCCCCGCUGCGCACGCGCGAGCCCGCCUGAGCUCUGGAGCCUCGGGCGGCGGCGCGCCACGACCCCUCUGCGUCUGCGCGGCGUCUGCGCGCGCCCCGGCGGCGCGAGGUCGCAGGUGGGCGAUGUCUCACCGGCUGUCGGCGGCCCGCAGUCUGGCAGCGGCCGGGCGGCUCUCGGCGCUGUGGCGAUGCGGCGGCGGCGGCGGGAGGGCUGGGCUUGGCGCGAGGGCCCUCGGCACCACUCAGCAGAAACUGAUGAACCAAAGAAUGCUGGGCCUGGAGGAGAGGGAAGCAAGAGAGGAGGGAAGCAGGAUGGCUUUUCCUGGUGGAAACGGAUGCAGAAGGGCGAGUUCCCCUGGGAUGACAAGGAUUUCCAAAACCUGGCUGUUUUGGGUGCAGGUGUAUCUGUGGGAUUUUUCUACUUCUAUUUUCGAGAUCCUGGAAAAGAGAUCACCUGGAAGCACUUUGUACAGUAUUACCUGGCCAGAGGUCUGGUGGACCGGCUGGAGGUCGUGAACAAACAGUUCGUGCGUGUCAUCCCUGCCCCUGGAAUGUCUUCUGAGAAGUAUGUAUGGUUUAACAUCGGCAGUGUUGACACCUUUGAGCGAAACCUGGAAUCUGCUCAGUGGGAGCUGGGGAUUGAGCCAGCUGACCAGGCUGCUGUGAUCUACACCACUGAGAGUGACGGCUCUGUCCUGCGAAGCCUGAUGUCCACUCUUCUCCUGAUUGGAAUCCUGCUCUGUGCUGUGAGAAGGGGGCCAGUGGGGGCCAGGUGCAGUGGACGAGGAGGGGGCCUCUUCAGUGUUGGCGUGAUGACAGCCAAGAUCCUGAAGCACAGGGUCGAUGUGCGGUUUGCAGAUGUGGCUGGUUGUGAGGAGGCCAAACUGGAAGUCAUGGAGUUCGUGAAUUUCCUGAAGAACCCCAAGCAGUAUCAGGACUUAGGAGCCAAAAUUCCAAAGGGAGCCAUGCUCACAGGUCCACCCGGUACUGGCAAAACACUUCUUGCCAAAGCGACUGCAGGGGAAGCCAGUGUGCCCUUUAUCACCGUGAAUGGGUCUGAGUUCCUGGAAAUGUUUGUCGGCGUUGGACCAGCAAGGGUUGGGGACAUGUUUGCAAUGGCCCGAAAAAACGCCCCUUGUAUUUUAUUCAUUGAUGAGAUCGAUGCAAUUGGCAGGAAGCGAGGCCGUGGGCACCUUGGAGGCCAGAGCGAGCAGGAGAACAUGCUAAACCAGAUGCUCGUGGAGAUGGAUGGGUUCAACUCUACCACCAAUGUGGUGGUACUGGCUGGCACCAACCGCCCUGACAUCCUUGAUCCAGCCCUGACGCGACCCGGCCGGUUUGACCGCCAGAUUUACCUUGGCCCCCCUGACAUCAAAGGCAGGUCCUCUAUCUUCAAGGUCCACCUGCGUCCUCUCAGACUGGACAAGAGCCUCAGGAAGGAUGCCUUGGCAAGGAAACUGGCAGCACUCACUCCAGGAUUCACUGGUGCUGAUAUCUCUAAUGUGUGCAAUGAAGCAGCCCUGAUUGCCGCCUGCCACCUGAGUGCUUUUGUCCAGGAGAAGCACUUUGAGCAGGCCCUUGAGAGGGUCAUUGGAGGCUUCGAGAAGACGACUCAGGUCUUGCAACCCAGUGAAAAGACAAUUGUGGCCUACCACAAGGCAGGGCAUGCAGUGGUAGGCUGGUUCUUGGAGUACACAGACCCCUUGCUGAAGGUAUCCAUCAUCCCCCCGGGCAAGGGGCUCGGAUAUGCCCAGUACCUUCCCCACGAGCAGUACCUCUACACGCAGGAGCAGCUCUUUGACCGCAUGUGCAUAAUGCUGGGAGGCAGGGUGGCUGAGCAGCUGUUCUUUGGGCAGGUCACCACGGGGGCUCAGGAUGACCUGAGGAAGGUCAUCCAGAGCGCCUACGCCCAGAUUGUGCAGUUUGGGAUGAGUGAGAAGCUGGGCCAGGUGUCCUUUGACUUCCCUCAGCAAGGUGAGGCCCUGGUGGAGAAGCCCUACAGUGAGGCCACCGCCCAGCUCAUUGAUGAGGAGGUCCGGCACUUAAUCGGCUCUGCCUGUGACUGUACCCUGAAGCUACUAACUCAGUGCUGGGAGCAGGUGGAGAAGGUAGGCAAGCGGCUCCUGGAGAAAGAAGUGCUGGAGAAGGCUGACAUGGUGGAGCUGUUGGGCCCUCGGCCCUUCACAGAGAAGUGCACCUAUGAGGAGUUCGUGGAGGGCACUGGUAGCCUAGAGGAGGACACAGCCCUUCCUGAGAGUCUGAAGGGCUGGAACCAGGAACCGGAGGAGCAGGGUGCAGAGCAGCACUUGCAGGAGAGCCCCGCGUAGCUUGUGUGCAGCCACCUGCACCCAUGCUGGCUGGGCCUUCGGGCAGCUGCUGCUACCCAGAACCUUUGCAGAGUAGCUGCCAGAGUAACUGGAAGACAGAUGAGGUGACAACCCCACACAGGCACCUUUGAUCAGGUGCUCGUAGCCCA